CAGGUCUGAUGGGAACUCAGUGCCAGAUAGAAGAAGGGGAGGUGACUGACAACCCUGCUGCCAGCCGGUAAGACUCUUACCCAGAGAAUGAGAUAUGAAGACAGAUGUGCUCAUGUUGCAGUGAGUAAAGGCUGGAUCCGGUCUAGUCACUGACUGACAGAAAGGUAAGGGACCUUUGAACCCCAGGGCCCUGUGGACUCCCAGCACCACCUCCAGCCAAAGCUGUAGGCUUGACUGAGUGGAAUUUCCCUCCUCUUCCCUGCCUGGAGCCGGGGGCAGAUGGUCGGUCUGAAAGCCUGAGCAAAACUCAGGAAGAAGAAGGAGAGGAAGGGUGGGAGAGAGUGGGGGCUGGAGAGAAGGAGACGAAGACAGGCACAGACUGGGUAGAAAAGGAGACAUGCUUCGCUACGGCUCAAGACCUACGGUUUCCACCACCACCACCACAGAGGACCCUGCAAAGCCUUCAAGUGAGAGGAGGAUUCUCAGGCUAACUCUGCUCGCAGGAAAUAGUGAAAACAAGGAGGAAAAAUCUGCAGACACAAGUGAGAGUCACAUCAAGGAAACAUGGAAGAAGAAGAACGGGCUGAUCCACCGAGAAAGUCCAGCUGGCAUGGAGUCGCCUCAGCAGCACCUCGGAGACACAACCAAUGGGGUGCCUGUGACCUCGCUGCAGCAUCAUGGGCCCAAAGUGUACGGCGUAGUGCAGAGGACAAGCUCGGACAGACAGCAGGAGCUGAUGGCGAGGGAGUGGACUGUCAGCCACCUUCAUGAUGAGAUGAGGUACAUCAGGGAGGUGAGAGACUCACUAGAGAAGGUGAGAGAAAGGAUGUACGGCCAGUUUGGAGGAAUGCAGCAAUCAAUGGAGAAGCUCUCACGGGAAAUUAGGGCAGCCAACUCCCAGAGGAAAAGUCUUGAAUCUGAGGUGAAGGUCCGUACAGCAGCCAUGGACAACUUUGAUCAGAUGAACAGCUCCCUCAUAUCUGCAAACCUCAGCCUGCAGAAAUCCCUCAUUGAGAACUGUCAGAACAGAAUAGGCGCAAAAGAUGAGGUAAAGACUUUGCGGAGUACCUGCCAAAAAACGGAGGAGCAGCUCAGGGACAGGGAGCGGGAGCUGGCUGCAGCAAAGGCUGAAAACCAAACACUGAGACUUCAGGUUGAAUCUUCACAUGAGGCCAACACCCGCGCCAUGCAGGAUCUCUCUGCAAAGCUCCAGAAGGAGUACGAAGAAAAGCUGCUGAGGGAACAACAGAAACACAGAGAAGAGAUAGAAAAACUACAGGUCCAACUUGAUGAUUACAUGAGGCGACUGGAGGAAACAGAAACGAAACUGAGAGCAGCAGAGUCACAGAUUGCUGAAAAAGACCAGCGGAUCACUGAAGUUGAACGUCUCCUGAGCUGCAUGGGGAAAGAGAAGAGUCAACUCCAGCAGAAACUGCAGGAUUAUGAGCAGCGUAUUCGCAUGUUAGAGCGGACAGACAAAACGGAUGCAGCUGCAGCCAAGAGGUCUAAGCAGCUGCAAGAAGAAGCCGUGGAACUUCGUGAGAGAAUUAAACACUUAAACGACAUGGUGUUCUGCCAGCAGAGGAAAGUCAAAGGAAUGAUAGAGGAAGUUCAAGCUCUACGAUCUCAAGUUGCCCAGAAGGACAUGUUUAUCUCAGACCUUUUAGACAGAAUUGCAAUAGUGGAGUGUGAGAAUAAUGAAUUAGAAGACAAGCUGAAGUAUUUUAUGUCCACACAGAAUAGGCCUCAAGAAAGUUUGGAAAGACGAGACAUAGGAGUAGGCUGUGAUCUGCUCCCCAGACACGAAGUAAAGAGGAAUGUUGUCGAACCUGUUCAUCUUCAUUCCACCCAACCUACAUCACCUGUCCAACCUACAUCACCUGUCCGACCUACAUCACCUGUCCAACCUACAUCCCCCGUCCAACCUACAUCCCCCGUCCAACCUACAUCACCUGUCCAACCUACAUCAUUCGUUGAACCUUCAUCGUUUUUCCAGCCUUCAUCACCAAUUAAUGCAACAUCACCUCCUCAACCUCUCUCACCCACAGAUCCUUCAUCACCCACACAAUGGUCUUCAUCUUCUUCAAAUCUUUCCUCAUUCCACCAUUCAUCAUUCAGCCUAACAAAGCCCAUCCAUCCAAGGACAUUCAGCUCUACUAACCCUCCACCCAGCAGACUAGAAAACAGUUUAUUAAGGUAUUCUCCUGGUCAGUAUAGUCAGUUCCUGCAGUCCAACAUGGCAGCAGUAAAUGGUGUUUACCCGCCUGAGUCUGAUCCCGUUCUGAGUCCCGUCAAGUCAGAUGAGGUGGAUGCAAAACCGAAAACAGACACUACACAAAGUAAACAACAGUCCACUUCAUCAUCCAUGUCGUCUUCUCGACCAAGAACAAGAUUACAAGUUUACUCGCCCUUCAUGAAACUGAUUGGACAGAACCAUAAAGACAAACACUCAUCGACUAGUAGUUUUCGAUCCGCCAUAACGGAAAAGAAGAAGAAGACCGCUCGCGACCCCACUCCAGACAUGCGUAUGGAUGGAUGGAUGGAUGUGUUUGCCGAGCGGCAGGGACAGGUUGGAGAUCUGAGGAGCCGCAGCAUAGAGGAGCUCCAGGAGCUACUGCUCCGGCAGGAGAACAUCCUUUCUAACAAGAGAUUGCUGCGGACUCUCCCCGACAAAGGACAAAAGAUCAAAGAGUUUGCAGAGAAGGUCCGCCUUGCCAUUGAACAGCGAGGUGAAGAGGAAAGAAGACAGAGAUUGGUGUCUGCUGCCAGAGCCCAGUUACAGUCCAAGUAUCAGCAAGCCUUCUCAGGCCAGCAACGUGCUGUACCGUUUACCCCAGAAGCUUCAUGCCUAGAUGAAGAAAAUGAAGGUCCUGCAGGUGAUGAUACACAGGAACAGGAAAACAACGCUGUGGACAUGCAGUGUGACUCCACAGCAGGGAAAAUGGAGUCCAAAGAAAGUGAACUUGUGCAAGCCUUGGACAGAGUUACACUGUAUGAAGAAGGUUCUCGUGACUGUAAAGAACAAAUGAACAGCGAACCGGAAGAUAAUUAUUUUUCUCGAAAACAGACAGCUAAAAAACCCAACUAUAUAACAGUUCUAGAAAAAGCAGAGGUUUCUGCAGCAACUAAGAAGCAAAAAUUUAAACCCAAUCAACUACCCCACAGAAAUGAUGGCUCUCCAUUGGGAUCUUUGUCUCCUGGGCGGGCCUCUGGGACUGCGUCUCCGCUCUCUGCUCAGGCCAGGAGGGAGCGUGACAGGAAGCACCUGGAUGACAUCACUGCAGCUAAACUCCCUCCGCUUCAUCACAGUCCAGCACAGCUUCUGUCUUUAGACGAGUCGGCUGCACUCGUCAGAGAACAGACAAAGAAACAGCAGGAGCUGCAGGCCAAACAGGCUGCCCAGAAACUAUCUGAAGGACUGAAGAGCUCUUUGGGGAGCUACACUCCUGACGGUGGCCCCAUGGCUGCAUACAGAGAGGUCCACGAUGAAGGAGCCCACCUCUCUUCAGAGGAAGACUGAUUCUGGAUGGACAGCUUGGGAAAACAGUGUAACCUUGGCCUCUGGAGUAAACAGGCUUUGGACCUCAUGGUUUAACAUUAUACAUUGGAGGACUAGGGUCUCUUUAAGAGUGGAAAUCAGUCUUGGCUUCACAUAUCUAGCAAAUACCUUGUUGCCAAGUUUUUCUAGUAUAAAGCACGUACAGUGAAAUGUGAAUUCUUAAUCACUCUGAAGGGAGUACCUUGAGAAAACAUUAAAUAUGGGGACAUUAUAAAUUAUUUUGAGUCUGCCAUGGUUUAUAUUAAGCUUAAGCCUUAUUUUGUGGAUUAUAACAAAUUGAAACCUCAUCAAAAAAACAAAUAUAAGUUUUUUCCAUUUUUUUAGACCACAGAGGUACAAAAUGUGAACUCUAAAUAAAACCUUCAUUUGAGGCAUCUGCUGUCUUUGACGUUACUGAUCUACCUUUCAUAAGUGACCUAUUAGACGUAAGAUUCCAUGUUUUUAUUUUAUUAUAACUUGCUUUCUAAACAUUCCCACUAUUAUAAAUAUAUAUAUUCACUGACAUAUUGACUUCCCUGUAUUUACCCUCUUUAAUUCUGCUCAGCUUUAUUUGUACGCUGUGCAGAUAUUUGGUCACCCACACCACAGAACUUAAAUAUGACUAAAAUUUGUUAGUGAUUAAGUGAAGUACGAUAUUAGUAGAAGUAGAGAAAAAUGAUGAUACAGCAUCUUGUGUUAAGAAAUGUAAAUAAAAGUGUAUUAAGGUAGGGGAGUGUUGAUAUAGUGAAUAGCUGAUGAGUAUAAGGGGAAGAAAGCAUAAAGACCAAAACGAGCCCCAACAUGGGAGGCGGAGCUGCUGGUCCAUCCUGGAGGUGACUUCUGUUUUUUUAAGUUCCACCUCUUUCCAACCCCUGCCCUUACGAAAGCAGCCUCCCUCACACCCUACUCUUAUGAAAGCGUCCCCCCACCACCCUGCGCUUACAAAAGAACCCCC